AUGAAACAUACCCCUUCGCCGCUCUUCUGAACUGGCAUCCUCGCUGUUGUAGUUACGCAAGUUCUGCGUUGCCUCGCCGCUACCCCAGCCACUUGUGUGUGGGGAAGGAUCGGGCAGUGACAGGCACCGCCCGCGUCUGGCAGCAGCAGGAAGGAAAUUGAAGACGCACCAACACAAAAUCGUUCCUCUCGACGCCAAGGCUGCACACACAGCCGUACCCGGUAUUCGAUGAGCGACCCUUCGCCUGCUGCUGUGACGGACAGCAGCAUGGAGGCCGCUGCCGAUGCCCCUGGUGUCACCGCUGCUGCUGCUGUAGCGGCGGCACCGGCGCCCGCGCCGGAGGUUGUUGCCGUUCCGGCUACUCCCGUCAAGGCCGGCGCUCCUGACAUCGAGAAACAGAUCGUGAACGCGGGCCCUAAGGCGGACAAACCCGAUGACUCCAAGACCAAGCCCGAGCCCAAGCCACAGGCCACGAACCACUGCUGUGUAGCCCUCAAGGACGAUGUUGUAAAUGAUUAA